GGUGUUACGUGCGCUCGUGCCCUCUGCAGGCUUCGUGUUCUUGAGCAUGACAUCAUUGAAAAGCACCGCCAAGCUACAACUGCUUGAUGCUCCACCACUGACUUGGGGAGUGCCCUUCAGAGAAGUGGGGCGCUUUUUUCCGGAUGCCGUGGUGUGCCACAUGCCAAGAGUGUGGCGUCAAGCGUCCUGAUGGAGUCACCGAGGGCAUAAUACCUCAAGGAGGCUAUGCCAUUGAGGCAAACGAUCAAUUGGUACUACUUGCGCGGAAUGCUGAACAUGCCCAGCGUUGCAUUAUGCCCAUCCGCGAGGAGGGCGUUGUGCCCAUCGGUGACUGCAGUGGCUAUUUGGUGGACUCCAUGGUAAAGAGCGACGGACAACUCCGGUUGGGGCCGUCAGCUGAUGGACCCAAAGUGGUCCUUGUGUUGGGUUGCCCCGGUGACAUAGCUGAAAUCCUGGACAGCAUCGAUAUGCACCUGGCAUCUGAGAGCCAUGUGCAUAUUUUAUCCAGGACGCCUGCGACACAGCGCGAAGAGUGGAUCCAGCAGCAUUUGAAGACUUCUGGACGGACACAGUAUGCCCGCAUCACUGUGCAUCAGUAUGAGGGUGAAAGCACGAGCAAGUGGGAGAUGGUCAAGCUACCGCUCGACACAGCGAACUAUGCACUGAUCCUGGCGGAACGGGUCGGCGAGGAUGAGUCUACCCUGGCAGUGGACUCACGGAACUUGACCACGGCCAUUUUCUUGAAGCAGCACCUCGCAAGCACUGGCCCUGAAGGUGCAAUGACAAGGAGCUUCACCACCAACACCACUACAUCCAAAGACAGCUCAGUAGUCAGAGGCUCUAGAAAGUGCAAAAUGGUGACAGAGCUGCUGGAUCCCAAAAGUGAGACGGUGCUGGCUGGCAACACGGGAGUAAGGAGUCAGGGCUCCUUUAUGUACACCAACGCACGGGAAACGGCCAUUUACGCCAUGGCCGUGGAGCAGCGUGAGGUCUACGACUUGUUCCUUCAACUGAGUGACUCCAAGUGCGAUGUAGGCUAUGUCACGGCAGCGCCGGUAAGUCAUUACGUGACCGGGAUUGAAGACGUCUCGUUCUAUGAGAUGCAGCGUCGUGUCUUUCAGAGCUGCCGCGGCAUCCUGCUGGGCUGGCGCGACUUUGCGGACCGAUACCCGAAGCUGAAUCCUGAGAGGAAGGAUCAGCAGAUCGAGUGGGAGGAUGUCAGCGGCUGCGAGCUUAUCAUCUUGCGGCCGGCAGAUGACAGCUUGCCUGACGUGAAGUGAGAGGCCUUCGAAUGAAAGCUCCCCAAAGGGCAAAAGUGUGUUGAUAAAAGC